CACAUUCACAGGUAUCCGCCUCUGAAUUAGCCGCGGAGUGAUCAAAAUGGUAAUUCGCGAGGUAGAAUAACAUGUUGAUUGGUCUGUAGCGAGGUAGUGGGCGGAGACCACGGUCGACUAUACCCAAGAGUGCGAAAGCUGGCAAAGUGUGCGUGGAUGACGCGGAAAGAAGCCAAUAUUGACCAGCUGACCACAAAUGAUAAUCAAACCAGCUAAACAAUAACAAAAAAUAUAAACAUUAAAAGUUUACGUUAUGGUAACAGCUGAAUACUAAACAUUUAUUAUUAAGUAACUUGGCUUUGACCGCUGUGCUCCUCUUUCAUUUGCACUGAUAACGUGAAAGAACGCAAACCCUUGAACAGCUUUAACUUUGGUAUAUAAUUGUGGUUAGAACAUGCAGCGUUUCUAUGGGGAUGAUCUUGUCCCACGAGGCAAUGUUGUAUCUGUAGUAUAAUUUUCAUUCGUUCUUUAAAAAAAGAAAGAAAGAUAGCCUAAGUAUGUUUACACUGGCAGAUUAUUUUGUUUUAUUGUUGGCUCUCAUCACCGUCGGCGCUUCUGUUCAUCCUGGCUACACGGAUUCCGCCGAGAUGGGUUCGGGAACACCGUUUCCAGAGGAGGUUGAUCUGCUGGAGAGUCUCUCCUGGAUAGCCCUGAACAGCAGUAACGUCUCUCUGACUGUUUCUGAGGGGACCCAGAGGUGCCCCACUCUGCAUAUUGGCCAGUACUCCACCCUCACCCUGCCCAUGAGGGAGACAUUCGGACCCAGGUUUCCAGACGAGUUCACCCUCCUGCUGCAGCUGCGCAGCUCGCAGCCGGAGGACCGCAGCCUGCUCACCCUGCAGAACCCCUACAGCCACAUCAUGCUGCAGAUCCGCUUCAGCCCCUACACCUUCACUUUCAUCUCCACCCAGCACCGCCAUUACGAGUUCCCCGUGGGGGUGCUGUCAGACGGGGAGUGGCACCGGGUUUCGGUGGGUGUGUCGGCACACCGCCUCGCCCUGUACGUGGACUGCGAGUUGGUGGAGAGCGUGAACUGGAAUAACCCCAGCCUGGACAUCACCACCGACGGGCUGCUGAUGGUUGGAGGAAUUGUGGAGGGAUUUGAGACUCCAUUUGAGGGGGACCUGAGGCAGAUGACCUUUCUGUUGGGCGACCCGGAUGCGGCCACGGACCACUGCACCCUCCAUAUGCCCCUGUGUAAUGGGAUGCCAAUGCCCCCCAAACCUCCCCGCUCCCCUGGGAUCUCCCAAACCGUGGAGGACCUUCUUCUAUCCUCAAAUGACUUGGAAGACCUCAUGGAAAACUUUGAAAGCUCCUCUGAUGUGGAAAUACCACCGAUUGACUCUUUUCCUCGUGUGGGCCGCGUUGGGCAGGAGGGCAUGAUCCUGGUAGAGGAAACCAUCCCAGCUCUCAGAAUCGGUCGCUAUGGCAGCCUACCCAACACCCACUCCCGGCCGGCUGGAAUCCGUGACAACAAGCCCAGCUCUGGGACCAAGGCCCUGGAUGAGAACUUCACCACAGAGAAAAGAAAGACAGAUGGGACUGCCCAGGGGAAUUUUCCCGGAAAGCCCUCUGAUGACAUCAUCGACUUAGACUCCGCCUCUUCCCUUACCUUGAAAAAAUCCUCCAUUGACUUCUCAGGGGCAAAAAACCCAGCCCAGUUGCCCUUUGACCCCCAUGACCUUGCCUUACUGACUGACGAGGGCCUCCAGCCUUCUACAGAUCCCUCCACUACCUCAGUGACCCGCCCAGACGUUCAACACAGUGGUGUGCACAUGGAACAUGGUCCAGGGUGCGCGAGAGACGUGAAAGCAGCCAGAGGCAACCAUGCAAGUGUCAUGUCAAGUGCCACCAGGGAAGGUGACAUUGUCCCAGGGCUUGAUGGCAGGAUGUACCGCCUGAAAAAAGGUCCACCUGGGCCAAUGGGGCGCCCAGGAAAAAGAGGCUGUGCUGGUAGAAGAGGAUACAUGGGAUUUAAGGGCAACAAGGGAGUCGUGGGACCAGAGGGGCGCAAGGGGCGUAAAGGUGAGCGGGGACCCCCGGGUCCUCCGGGACUUCCCAGCCUGUACCUCUGGAGGAACACGGCGGAGGCCUGGGCCGAUUUCAGACAAACCUCCUACUUCCAGCUGUUGUGGGUAGGCUGGCCUAGGGAACAAGGUCUUCCUGGACUCAUGGGGGAGAUGGGAAAGCCAGGCCGACAAGGGAUACCUGGAGAUCCUGGAGAGAGAGGACCUCCAGGGAUCAGGGGUGUCAUGGGCUAUCCAGGGCCUAAGGGCAUGGCUGGCAAGCCAGGGCACAAGGGCAGGGAUGGAGAAAAUGGUGCCAAUGGACAGUCAGGCCCGCCAGGAAAACCUGGGAUGCGGGGUCCACGAGGAUACAAAGGGGAGUCGGCCCCCCCAGGGGAGAAAGGAGAUGAGGGUUUUGUUGGAGAAAUUGGCCUUCGUGGAGAGAGGGGAGGGAAAGGGGUGAAGGGCUCCAAAGGAGAACCAGGGCUCUCUGGCCCCCUUGGCCCACCUGGGCCACAGGGCAACCGAGGGGCCCAGGGUCUGCCGGGGCCUCCGGGGGAGAAGGGGGAAGAAGGCCCCAGUGGAGCUCCUGGACCAACAGGGCCAGUGGGAGCUCCGGGAUGCACAGGGUCGGUCGGUGCUCAAGGGGUGAAUGGCUCUGAGGGAGAUGCGGGACCAGCUGGUCCAGCUGGCCGAAGAGGCCCACAGGGGCCCCAAGGGCUUAUGGGUGUGAGGGGGUUCCCAGGGCCUCCGGGGCCUCAGGGACCCCAAGGGAAGGAUGGAGCUGCUGGCUGUAAAGGUGACCCUGGUACCAUGGGGCUCAUGGGGGCCAAGGGAGAGAGAGGAUUUGAAGGGUCAAAGGGAAUCAUGGGAGGUCCUGGUCUGCCUGGGAUCCCAGGUAGCAGAGGCGAUGGAGGGAUGGAUGGGGACAAGGGGGAUAUGGGGUCAAAAGGCAACAAGGGUGUCCAAGGUGCUCCAGGAGUCAUGGGUCCACAGGGGGAGAGGGGUCCAAGCGGAUUGCAAGGCUUCCCUGGGGUGAAAGGACAACCUGGCCCUCAAGGAAUUCAGGGUGAAGAAGGAGAGGCUGGCGUCCAGGGUCAUGUCGGCAUUGCGGGAUCCAAGGGGAACAAAGGGCCUCUGGGUCGCAUUGGGAAGUCUGGAAACAAAGGAAGCAGGGGUCGUCUAGGACAGCAGGGUCCUGUUGGUAUACCUGGACUACUGGGUUUACAAGGGCUACCUGGAACAGAAGGGGCAGAAGGAAAGCCUGGUACACAGGGCACCCAGGGUUCAGUGGGAGGUGCUGGCAGUAAAGGUCCCAGAGGGUUAACGGGGCUUGUGGGAGAGCCAGGCGUUGGUGGAGCCCCAGGUCCUCCGGGUCCGCCAGGACGGACUGGGCAAGAUGGCAGCCCUGGGCCACCUGGGGAAAGGGGAUUCAUGGGAAAGCCAGGCAUGGAGGGCUCUCAGGGGCCAGUAGGCAUGUAUGGUUAUCCAGGAGCAGUGGGUAUGCGUGGGAGACCAGGGCAUAUGGGGGAAAGGGGAGAGCCAGGUGUCAGGGGCCUUCCUGGGCAUCCAGGGAAGUGUGGGGUGCCGGGUGCACAGGGACCUCUCGGAGAAAGAGGCCCACCAGGACCUCAGGGACGGCCGGGGCCACCAGGGCCUAAAGGGAUGCCAGGGCCUAAUGGUUCACCUGGUCUCCCUGGUCCAGACGGUGGGAUAGGGAAGCCGGGCCCCCCAGGAAGUCAAGGGCCCCUAGGGCCACAGGGACCAGGCGGGCCCCCUGGAUUUCCAGGCAAACCGGGGAUGGAUGGAUCCUUGGGUCCAGCUGGAGAGAAGGGGGACAAGGGUGUGCUUGGACCUCCAGGUGAUCACGGCCCCCCUGGGUUGGAUGGCGAGCAGGGUCUUCCAGGCCCAGGCGGCAUUGAGGGCGCAGCAGGGGGAAAAGGAGAACAGGGAGCCUCAGGCCCCAGAGGGAGCCCGGGACCUCAGGGGCCCCCCGGAGAGAUAGGGCCACUGGGUGCCAAAGGUCUGCAGGGCAACCAAGGACAGCAGGGCAAGGAGGGUGACAUCGGAGUGAUUGGUGGAACUGGUGACCCAGGGCCAAAGGGGCAAAAGGGGGAUGUGGGCCCUCGUGGAUUUCAGGGGCCUCCAGGGCCUUCUGGGGCCCUUGGGGAGAAUGGCGAGAGAGGACCAAAAGGAGAGAAGGGAUAUCCGGGACUACUAGGGCAGGUGGGGUUAUUGGGGGGAACUGGACCAUCAGGCCUGCCAGGAGUGGAGGGUCCUCCAGGCCCCCCAGGCCUGCCAGGGCCAGAUGGACCUCAGGGGCAGCAGGGGGAAGGAGGGCCCAGCGGUAUGAUUGGACAGUCUGGAUCUCCAGGGCCUAAGGGAGUGGCAGGGAAAAGGGGACUUAAAGGUGACUCUGGGAAACCAGGACCUCCUGGCUCAGUUGGGCGGGAUGGGCCUCAGGGAGUUGGCGGCCCCAAGGGGUCCCGGGGAAUGGAGGGGUCAAAGGGUGACCCAGGAGAGAGGGGAGAGCCAGGAUUGCAGGGGCUAGAUGGUCCACCAGGCAUCAAGGGGCCUCCAGGACUACCUGGAUUGGAGGGAGCCCCAGGUGAGAUAGGGGUGCAGGGCGCUUCAGGACCACCGGGACCCCAGGGGUCCUUGGGUCACCCAGGGUCUGAGGGGAGACAGGGGCUGAAAGGUGAGAAGGGUGUCGAUGGUCAGAGUGGUCGUCCUGGGAAAACGGGACGUGCUGGAAAGAGGGGAAAACGAGGAAAAGCUGGAGUAAGGGGCUUGAGAGGACCCAGAGGAGAAAAGGGAGAAAAAGGAGAGAAAGGGACUCCAGGCCCCUUGGGAAGGAUGGGACCUUAUGGGGCAGCUGGCCCUCAAGGCGAAAAGGGUGAUAAGGGAGAGAGAGGUGUGAAGGGAGAGAAUGGGAAAUCGGGGGCCCUGGGCCCACCUGGGGGAGACGGGCCAAAGGGGAAUCACGGGCCUUUGGGGGAGAAGGGGAGAGACGGACUGAAGGGAGAGCAGGGAAAUGUUGGCCCUACAGGACCAAUGGGGACCCCAGGCCUGCCAGGAUUGCCUGGGCUGUUUGGAGAGAAGGGGCUGAAGGGAUUUGCUGGACUUCCAGGACCGCCCGGAGCCAAGGGUUUGCCCGGGCCACCCGGUCCACCGGGACCACCGGGGAUCUCUUUGAACCUCACUCUAACGCAACUGAAGGACCUGAUUUAUAUGUCGGACAAGCCCAAUUAUGUCCUGAUCCAGGCUGUGUUAGACUCCCUGCGCCAAGACCUGAGGCUGUUUCUGGAUCCACCCGAUGGCACCAAGGAGCACCCGGCUACCACCUGCCUCGAGCUGCGGCUCUGCCAGCCCAACUUCACCAGCGGGCUUUAUUACAUCGACCCUAACCAGGGCAGCCCAGCCGAUGCCCUGCUGGCCUACUGUGACUUCACUGCAGGUGGGCGGACCUGUCUGUCUCCCAGUCAGCCGCAGGUGCCAAUCAAAGCAUGGAUGAAGGAUUCUGGGACAGAAAACUCAUUCCACUGGCUGAGCACUCUGGACGGGGGCUUUCAGCUGCCCCAGUUUGAGUACCCAGGAGCCAGCGUGGUCCAGCUCCGGUUCCUCAGGCUCAGCAGCAGGUUUGUCACCCAGAACGUGACCUACUCCUGCCACUCAGGACACCAGCAAGGCCAGAGGGAGAGGGAAAUCAAAUUUUUGGCGGAUACACGGCGACAGAGUUACCUCGGUGCGCUGAAAGACUGCGUGCAGUCCGAGGGAGCAGUGCCUUCUGGGACGCGGGAGUCUGUGUUCCAGUUUGAAAGCGAGGACCUGGACCUGCUCCCUCUCAGAGACCUGGCGGUUUUCGCCAGCGGUGACCUCGCGCAAGAGUUCGGUUUCACCGUGGGACCUGUCUGUUUCAGUUAGGAGGGGCCCCCGCUCUCAGGAAGCUCGAGGGACACCAAACCAUACAGAGCACUUUCCAGUGGGGCCCCUCCGCCCCCCCCCCCCCCGGAUCCAGCAAGAGCGCACAAAAAAAGAGGACAAUGGGAGCUUGUCAUCUUUUCAUACUUUUUUUGUUGUUUCUGUUAGUCACCGAGAGAGAGGCAGCAGAACCAACAAGACAGGGAUUCUCUUUUUGCUUUGGAGCAACUUGCCAAUGGAGACAACAGCUCCAUUUCCUCUUAUUUAUGAGACUCAGCGAAUGAGAGAAGGCAUUCCCCUGGAAAAAUUCCUACAGGACUAUCUUUUUAAUAUUGUUUACAGAGACUUUUGUUGAAAAGGUGCUAAUUUAUAUAUUUGUUGUUUUUUUUAUAUAAUAUUGCUUUAUGAUAUCCAGGUUUUACAACAGUUGUGUAGAUUCUGUAAAUUAUAUUUGUUUUUUUUUUGUUUUGUUUUUUUGUUUGCUGACAUAUCACGUCAACUUCAGGUAUGUUCAAGACCAAAAGAACUGUGGUUUUUACGGUACACUUUACGUGCAUAGCUUUAACAAUGUGUUCCAACUUGGGGAUACAGCUAAUGUUCUCUGAAAUGUGCUCACUAAGCACUGUCUGAUUACUUCUGAACAUCUUUGAGAAACCAAUUUGGCAGGUGUGUUUAGUUCCCCAACCUAUCUCCAUAUUGAAAUAGACUUUUACCCCUUAGUAGCCUACUUGUUCAAACAGAUCUGCCAUACUCUUAAGUAUAGGGGUGGACUGUAUGCACGCAUAAGCCUUC